AGGAGGGACGGUGUUGACUCCGGAUGGAAAACACAGAUCAGGAGGGACGGUGUUGACUCCGGAUGGAAAACACAGAUCAGGAGGGACGGUGUUGACUCCGGAUGGAAAACACAGAUCAGGAGGGACGGUGCUGAUUUUGAACGAAGAACACAGAUCAGGAGGGACGGUGCCGACUCUCUGGAAGGAGAACACAGAUCAGGAGGGACGGUGUUGACUCUGGAUGGAAGAACACAGAUCAGGAGGGACGAACACAGAUCAGAUGGGACCAUACUGAUCCUCAGGAGGGACAAUGCAGAUUAGAACAUGAAGGACAGUGCUGACUCUCCGGGAAGAAGAAUGUAGAUCAGUGGAAAAGGAGGGACAGUGCUGACUCUUUGUAGAAAGAACACAACUGAGAAGAGGGACAACAAUGACUAUGAUUACAGAUGAAGAAGCCAUGGGAGGCAGAUCAGAUGACAGAGGAGGACACAACACAG